CGGCCCUGCCUGGCAGCUGACAGGCUCCCAGGCGCACCAGCCGAGCAGAGGCCAGGACUCUGCCGGAGAUGAAGUAGCCGCGCCAUGAAACCAGGGGGCCUGGGCACCUGCUCACACCUGGGCCUCCUUCGCCCCGUCCUGGCUCAGCGCAGGGCAGCAGGCCCAGGCACACCGCCCAGGGGGCCCCGCCGCCCCGAGAGCCGCCCCAUUCCAGGCGCGGGGCCGGCAGGGAAGCUUGGCAGCCGGUUCCCACGGCAGGGCCGCCCCGGCUCGGGCUCGGACAGGCCAGCUGAGGGGUGCCUCCUCCCCACCCGGAGCCCCAGGCCGAGGAGAUGGAAGAACAGGUGUUCAAGGGGGACCCGGACACCCCUCACUCCAUCUCCUUCUCGGGCAGCGGCUUCCUCUCCUUCUACCAGGCCGGGGCGGUGGACGCCCUGCGGGACCUGGCCCCCCGGAUGCUGGAGACAGCCCAUCGCUUCGCCGGGACGUCGGCGGGUGCCGUGAUCGCCGCCCUGGUCAUCUGCGGCAUUGAGAUGGAUGAGUACCUCCGAGUCCUCAACGUGGGCGUGGCCGAGGUGAAGAAGUCCUUCCUGGGGCCCCUGGCGCCCUCCUGCAGGAUGGUGCAGAUGAUGCGGCAGUUCCUGUACCAGGCCCUGCCUGAGGACUCCUACAAGGCCGCCACCGGGAGGCUGCACGUGAGCCUCACCCGCUUCACCGAUGGAGAGAGUGUAGUGGUUUCCGAGUACACGUCCAAAGAGGAGCUCAUCGAGGCCCUGUACUGCAGCUGCUUUGUCCCCGUGUACUGCGGCCUCAUCCCCCCGACCUACCGCGGUGUGCGGUACAUCGACGGCGGCUUUACGGGCAUGCAGCCCUGCGCCUUCUGGACCGACUCCAUCACCAUCUCCACCUUCAGCGGCCAGCAGGACAUCUGCCCCCGGGACUGCCCGGCCAUCUUCCACGACUUCCGCAUGUUCAACUGCUCCUUCCAGUUCUCCCUGGAGAACAUCGCCAGGAUGACCCACGCCCUGUUCCCCCCAGACCUGAUGGUCCUGCACAAUUACUACUACCGAGGCUACGAAGACGCCGUUCUGUACUUGAGGCGGCUGAACGCUGCUUACCUUAAUUCUCCCUCCAAGAGGGUGAUUUUCCCCCGGGUGGAAGUGUACUGCCAGAUAGAACUCGCCCUUGGCAGCGCGUGCCCGGAACACAGUGAGCCAAGCCUCCAAUCAGAGCAGGCCAGUCUGGAAGAAUCCACGCAACUUCCCACACAAUGCGAUCGCAAAGAGCAAGAAAGCGGUGGCCGCGGCCCACUUGUGUCCCCACCUGUACAGACACCUGCAUCCACACACGAGUGGCCUGUGGAGUCACCCGCUUCACCACCUGCCUCUUCAUCUGAGCAGUCACCUGCAUCGACCCUGGGCUCUGCAUCGUCGCGUUCUCCAGCUGACUUGCCACCUGUAUCACUCCCAGCUGUGCCCUCGCCGCCCAGCUCCUCACCUGGCCUGUCACCUGUGUCACCACAGCAGCAGGUACAGCUGACUGGAUCACCACCUGAGUCCCCACCCUUCCAGCCACCUCCGGGGCCUUCAGCUGCAGGGGCACCUCACACGUUGCCUCGAUGUUCUUCGACGUCGCCUGCUCAGCCAGCUGCGGAGGAGCCGGGCUCAGCACAGCCCCAAGUUCCUCCGGCCUCUUUGAGUCCCCGAAGCUCCGCGCCCCCGGCGGCCGUGCAGGAGACCAGCAGCGCGCCGGACGCCGCGGUGAGCCCUCCCGGAGACUCCAACUGGGUGAACAAGGCGUUCAAGAAGAACAAACCAAAGACGAGCGGCACCAGAAAAGGCUUCCCGAGACAUCCGCGACCCAAAAAGCCAGGCAGCAAAGUGCAGCCUGCUCCCUGCCCACCCGACUUCUCUGCGCUCUCCGCUUCCAAGACUGUGUGGUUCACCUACAGGCCUCACCCCAGCGGGACCCAGGAAUGCAGCAGCCCCGAGGAAGCUGUGAGCCGAGAGCGAGAACUCGAGCUGGAACGGGAGAGAACCUGAGGAGCCCAGCCGAGCCUUCUCCCCACUGUCCUCAGAUGCUGUCCUCUCGCCCUUGGCCUUUGGGGGACCAGGGUGACACCCACUAUCAAGCCUGUUGGUGUAGAGGGUCCUGCUUCCCCGGGCGAGCACCUUCCUGUCUUCACAUCCUCUCAGCUUCCACUCCCCUGCUCUGGACAGACGGGCGGACCAGGACGGGAACUGAGGAGCAUGCAGCGCAGCCCUCCUGCUGGCGGGCCCGGGGCCUUGCUCCCCCCCACAGCCCCAGCCCCAGCCCCAGCCCUAGCCCCAGCGUGGGCCAGAUGGGUCCCAGCCGCGGGAUCUAGUCCACGGGGCAAAACUCUGGAGGGUCCGGCAGGGCUGAGCCAUGGACACGCUCCCGUUUCCUGUGGGGUCAAGAGACCAAGUUCUUGAGUUUUGUUUCCUGUUCACUGAAGGCUCCACGUGGACUGGCCGCCGCCUCUGGAGCCCCUGAUGGAGCUGAGGCUGCGGCAGCCUCCCCGGCUCCGGCUCCGGGAACUGGGGGGCAGCGAGCGGGGCUGGCGGCUCUGGCCUCCCUGAGUCCGUGUGGCUGUAGAGGAAAUGGGGCCAGACGUCCCUCCCCUCCCCCAGCCUGAGUGAGGGCAGACUCCGCUGUUCACACCGAAACGAAGUGAAAUGUGCCACAAGAAAGACACCUCCAGCCUCAGUUUCCCCAGCCUGUCCUGGAAAAGGAGCCCCUCCAGCCCGACCGGCCCAGUGAGGGCGCCCAGGCUGUCCAAGGCCUCAGAUGCAUUUGCCUAACAAGCCCUCGAACCCCAAACCCAGGGGCGGGGUGGGAGACGGCCCUGAACGGGGCUGGGCACCAGGAGGACGGAGCAGAUUUAGCCACGGAGGGAAGGGGCGUAUGGAAGGGGGCCCUGGUGGAGCCUGCUCGUAAGGAGACCACGUCGGGGAACACGAGUCUUCGCAAGCCCCUCAGAAGCUUCUGCCCGGAAGACCCGGAUGUGCCUGGGAGAGGCCUGAGCAGAGUCAAGUCUCGGGUGUACUUGGACCCCUGCCUGCCUGGUUCUGUGGCCCAGGGAGCGCCUGGUUCCGGGAGCCCGGGCCUCCGCUGCAGGCCUCUCCUUGUGCAGAUGGCUGUGCCCGGAGGCCUGAGCCAUGGGGAGGGGGAGGGUCAGUUUGCACAGCUCAGGAGUGCGUGUCCCCUGGUGUGCAAGGGAGAACUGCACAGGGUAGUACCUGCUGUCUAGCUCAGAGCCCGGAUUCAGAGCCCAGCUGCUCUCAUGCUGUAGUUAUAAGUAUCAGAAAGUCCCCUUAUAUAUUUUCCUUCAUUUUGCUUAAUUUCCUUUUCCCCCAUUUGAGGUAAUCAAGAGAAUUGUUCUUGCAUUAGUUUCAGGGCUGCCAGAUAAGAUACUGGAAGCUUUGUUAAAUUUGUGUUUCAGGUGAAUAAUGAGUAUUUAUUUAGUAUAAGUAUGUCCCCAGUAUUGCAAUUAUUAUUAUUUUUUUGUAUAUCUGAAAUUCAAAUUUAACAGGGCCACCAUAUUUUUAUUUGCUAAAUUUGGUAACCCUAAGUAGUUCCUUUCUCCUUUUUAUGCUCUUAAAAACAAAAACAACAAAAAACACACGAAUGGAUUGUUUUUUGAAGCCAGUCACCUGCUUUGAAACGGGGAGGCCUCACUGGGGCCAAGGCCAGAACACACUGGUUUUCCAAACAAGCGAAUCUGAAUGACAGUGGCGGUGCGGCCCUCUGUGACCAGCUAACACCCCCAACUCACCAGUUCUCUGCUGACCCCGUUGUCUCAGACUCACCCGCUUAGCCUCCUGACUGCUCAGGGUGAGAAAUUAGCUUAAUUAUGUCCUGAUGUUACUUGCCCGCCUUUCAAACCUUUCAAAGCAGCAGGGUCGCGUGCACUGCAGGGCACUUGCAAACCUCCGUGGUCUGAAUCGAGGGAGGCCCACCCUCAUACGGUGUCCCCCACCCUGUAUUCCCAAUGGCACGAAAGUCCCAUAACCACUGAGGUCCAUUAGCAUCCUGAGGGCAGGAUUGUGUCUUUCACAUCAGCCCUGGCACGUGAUAAGUGCUCGAUAAGUGCUGGUUUGAUAUAUGAGUUAAUGGGUUAAAGGUCCGUGAGGCCCGUGAGGACCGCUGGAUUAGUCAGUAAGGGGGGCAUUAUAACAGGGGUUCUGUGAUCUUGAACAAGGCACCGCCCACUCUGAGCUUUAGCGUCCUCGUCUGGGAGGUGAGGAUACUAGCGCUGCCCUCUCCUCCCUCCACAGAGCAUUCCCGUGAGCAUCCGGGCUCGGGGAACGGAAAUGUAGUUUGAAAAGAACACAAGCCACCACACAACAGGGUCGCCUCCCCCAGGAGCCACGGCAGAACUCCCAUGUGAUCUGAGUGGGGAAAGGAGGCCUGCGAUGCCUUCCGGUGGAGACCACAUUUCCAGACCCAAACCACGCACUGGCUUCUGCCAAGUCUAUCCUGGUUCUGAGCGACAGUUUGGGCGUCAGGAUUUAAGGACGGAUAAAACAGGUGAUUGAGAAUGAGGCCGGGCCCACAUUUUCCUGGACGAAACAAGGAACGGUCACCCUAAGAGCCGCAGAGGUGCAGGAUGCCAGGUCUGGAGGGCAAGUGUCUGUCUCCAAGGUCGUCAGCCUGUGGGCAGCCUCUCCCACCCAAGGCCCAGCCCGGAGCACCUUUGUCACUGCCUGAGCAAGGUGGCACCCAAGGAGGGGACACCGGGAAAGCGUCCAGACGGUCCCCGGCUGGACGAGGAGGCCGACCCCGCAGCCUUGUAGGCACAUAACUGGCCUGGAUGUGGCUGUGGGCCCCCAUCUUGUCUCCACUGUGAAUGACACACCUGAGACCUCUGUGCAAAUUGUUUAUUUGUCCAAAUAACACAGUACAAAAAUGAGACAGAUGCCAGCAUCGGGAGCUCACACCAAACACGCAUGCAGCUUAAAAAGCAUCGUUCCGAAUGAGAAACCACAAACAGAAGGCUCCUGACCCCCAUUUAAAACUGGUUCCCAUCCUUCACAUUUGGCGCUGUGUUCCUACACACCACCUAAGAUAAACCCAUAAAUAGCUCGCACCCCCCCCCCCCCCCACACACACACACCCUUCUUAGCAGCAAUAACACUCAAUGACUUUCAGAAUGUGAUUAGUUGCGAUUCCUAAACUUUGCCUCAGGUUUGAGGUCAGUCCCAUCUGAACACCCAAGGCCUCUCUGCCCGGGGCUUCUCCUCCCCAGCCCCACCCCAUGGUGCUCAUUGACAAGACUGAGUUUGCCAGCCAGGUGUCAGCAGCCCUCCCCUGUGGCCAGGCUGCGGUUCUAGCCCUGCGGGCGUGCAUGUAGGUGAUGGCACGUGGAAAUGGUUCCCUGGGGCCAAGCUGUUGAAACUGUUCAGUUGGGUAGACGGCAGAGCCCCUGACGGCCCACACUUCACCUUUGGACACAAAUGAGAGCCUGCAUGAGCUGGAAAAUUGUCGUCAGAAAUCUACAAAUGCGCAACGCCCAGAGGUGACUAGCACUUCCUGGGCCAGGUGCCCCUGAGCAGCGCGCCGUGCAGCCCAUGGUGAGCCAGCUGGAACCCUCCCCACUUCCUGAAAACUACCGCACUGUGGCUGUAAGAACACUGUCUGACGAUGACACAGUGGACAAGGGCCUAUGCCAUCUUCAGAACCUUCACACUCCUCACUCGCUCUCGGCAAACGCCCAUGCGAGGCUGCAAGGCACCGGCUUCCUUUCUCUGCCCAUAGAAUUACAGGACGCAGGGCUGCAAGGUCUGAGACCGCGAGCCCCAGUGCGUAGGUCGUCCCUCUCUGGCCUACAGAGUUCCUGGGCGGCGUCUACAAGUCCCUGUGGACCCUGUCAACUGAAUAAAUGAUGUGUCGCACAUAGAGGCGCAAAUGCA